UUACCCCCAAACCCCCUUUUCACUAGCCAACAAUGGGCUUUAUAUAAUUAAACCUCAAUAAAGAGUGAAAGGAACCUAUGAUUGAUUUUGGCUCUGACUGCUUACAAGAACGGGAAUGGACAAGAGAUCUAAGAGCAUUUUUAACGGGAUAGCUUAGGAAGAGAGUGCUUAGAAAAAAAUAGUUUAAUAGUCGGUGGGCUCCACCCAAAAAGUAACAGCCGAUGCUUGAUGCUUCCAGAUAAGCGUCGAAUUAUGUGGGUUGUUUGUACUGUUUGCGGGUCCGAUUGAUACGUGGCGGUCUGCGACUGGUGAGUUUUUUUAAUUUUUUUUUAAUCAGAGAAAAAAAAUAAAAAAAAUAAGCACCCCAAAUGGGUUUUUAAUCAGAUGCUCUAAAACCAUCAUUAUUGGUAAAACCGUUCAUGGGUUUUUAGGCAAAAAAAAAUUUUUGUCUGAAAAAAAAAUUAAAAAAAAAAUAAAAAACGAACCAAUUGUAGACCACAUAUGUCGGUGGGGUCCGCGAACAGUACAAAAAACCCUCCACAAUCAUUUCUUAAUUCAUGCCUUUUAGGAUCGGUUUUUACAAGAAAAGUGGAACCAACCAUCUAAGAAAUCCACCAAGGACUCCCGUUAAUUAUGCCCUAAGGAUCGUCAACCAAUUCUACUAUUCAGUUAUUUCGUGCCUGAGACAUAAGUGAUAUAAUGCUCUUAUUUUCUUUGGAAACAUGCGUGUAGUACGCCCAACAGAAUGAUCAACCAGUUUGUAUCUAAGACACUAAAUCUUUUAGUAUUUUCGACAAAUGAACGUUAAUAGAAUUUUAGUCUAAAGUUUCUUUUGAUAAGCAAUUAGUUCAAGGUUUUAGAAUGGAUCCAUACUGCUGAUACAUGAAAGGUUUAUCUCUAAUGUGUCUGUAUCGAUGCCCAUUAAAGAAAAUUUAUGACAAAUACGCUAAAAAGUAAUAAUAUUUUGGAUUGAAAUAAAGACUCAAAUCGUUUUCACUCUAGGAUUUUCUGCACAGCUAAAGCUCCGUUUCAUGCCCGCUCCUUUCGGUAUCCUUAAUUACUAAUUAGACUACUCUAAAUCGAUGACAAGUCCUUUGAUGCUAAUUUUCCAAGACUAUUCAAUAUCGGAUUGUAAAAUUUAGAAAAGUUAAGUAUUUGACUAGAAUAUCAAAAUUGUAUUAUUUGACCUAUAAUAAUCGCUUGACGUUGACGUUGGUUGACGUUGACGGUGAAGUAGACAUUUUACAUUACUCCCUCUGUUUCUUAUUACUUGAUGUUUUACUCAAAUGCACAAAUAUUAAGAAAAACUACUUUUUAUCAAAAUCAUCACUAAAUUAUAAUAUAAAAUUAGUUUAUUUAAUUAUAAAUAAAAACUAAAAAAAUCCAAUUGGUUACACAGUUUUUAAUAAAGUUAAAAUUACAUAGAUUUGUGCAAACUUCAUCUAUUAUGAAACAACAAAACUUCUCUAAAACAUCAAGUAUAUUGAAACGGAGGGAGUAUAUCAUAUAGAUAUUCACAUGAUGAAAAACACAAAUCAAGAAACUCCAGUUAUGUCUUCUUCCACUUUCGUCUUCCUUUUCCUUUUAUCCUUUCUCACUAGCUUCAGAGCCUGUGCUCAAAAUCCUACUUACGUAUACCGUAUCUGUCCUAAUACCACAACUUUCUCAAGAAACAGCACUUACUUGGCCAAUCUCAGAACCCUUUUGUCUUCUCUCUCUUCUCCCAACGCUUCCUACGCCACCGGAUUCCAGAACGCCACCGUCGGGCAACCUCCCGACAGAGUCACCGGACUUUACCUCUGCCGCGGAGAUGUCACGCCGGAAGUUUGCCGUAGAUGCGUCGCCUUUGCCGUCAACGAAACCUUUACUCAGUGUCCGAACGCGAGAGAGGUGACGCUCUAUUACGAAGAGUGUAUGCUCAGAUACUCUAACGGGAAUAUACUCUCGACCCUGAACGCCAAUGGAGAAUUUAGCAUGGAAAACACCCAGAGUAUUACAUCGAACCUAGUUCGGUUCACAGAAUUGGUCUUGUCCACGAUGAACCAAGCAGCCACCGUGGCAUCCAACAGUUCUCGGAAGUUCGAUACUGUAAAUGCUUUCACUGAUUUUCAGACUUUGCACGGACUGGUUCAGUGCACUCCUGAUCUGACGAACCAAGACUGUUUGGACUGUCUAAGCCGGAUCAUCAAUCAGUUGCCCACUGACAGAAUCGGGGGAAGAGUUAUGGUGCCGAGCUGUUUUUCGAGGUUCGAGCUUUACCUGUUUUACAAUGAAGCCGCCGCCGAUCGAACACCUCAACCUCAGCUCAAUUCAGCUCCUCCUCCACCACCGCCAAUUUCAAUUCCUUCACCACGGCCGGGAGAAAGCGGAAACUCCACUGUCAUAGUCAUCGCUGUUGUUGUUCCAACCACUGUUAUUUUUCUGCUUCUCGUAGCUGUUUUAAUUUUUCGGGCAAAGAGAAAAACGACAGCUUAUGAAACUGAACCACUAGCUGAUGGCGACGAUAUCGCAACUGCAGGCUCACUUCAGUUUGAUUUUAAAGCAAUCGAGGCAGCAACCGAUAAGUUUUCCCAAGAAAACAAACUCGGCCAAGGUGGUUUUGGCCAAGUCUAUAAGGAUAGAAACAAGAUGGGAGAUUCAGUACCUCUAAAACUAGCACUGCCAGAGCUGAAGUAUCCUAUUGGUUCACAGCCAAAAGAAAAGUCAGCAAUCAACCAAUACUCUGGUUCAGAUUAUAUCUCUAUUGUCAAAAGCAUCCUAAAACCAGAUGAGAUGAUAAGAGUCCGAGGAUCAUUUCUGGGACCUGUAAUGAAGCUCAGUGAGAGAGGAUUGAAGUUAUCAGCAAAGAUAGUCUACGCCAUUCUCACUAGAAGCAUCGUUUCUGUCAAGGAGAAUGAAGCCUGGUUCCAUUUCGGUGCGCAGCCAAUGAGGUUCUCUAUAAGAGAAUUUCAUAUGAUGACAGGCUUGAAAUGUAGUGGUGCAUUAGAAGGACCACGAAGGGAAACCGAGAGAUUUAAUUGGGAAUUGCUAAAGGGGCGUAGUCAUAAGUUAAGUGACGUGGUGGACCAGCUCAGAAACACAAGAGAAGAUGCUUCUGAGGAGAGAAUAUGCCUCGCAAUGCUCAUCCUGGUAGAGAGCAUAUUAUUGCGGAAGAGCAAAGGAGGGAGUUUUCCUUUGGAAUAUGCGAAAAAUGCACAGGAUAUGACAUAUCCAUGGGGAAAAGAGGCUUACAUUGUGCUCCUGAAGUCAAUUCAAAACGCUGUCGCGAAUCAUUUGGAGAAUAAAUCCAAAUUUGAGUUGCAAGGUUAUCCUCUAGUAUUCCUUCUUUGGAUACUAGAGUCGAUUCCUUUGCUAAGGAAUAAGUUCAGUAAGUGUGUACCAACAGUUGAGGUUCCUGGGCCGACUUACUUGUGUGAAAAAUACACUGAGAUAGAGAAUCCAUCACUUGAUAGGGUUUUACAGGUUGAAGCUGAUACAAAGCUGAAGGUCCAUUGCAUACUACCUUCUAUUCCUCAUGAUCCAGAAGAUGAUAUCUCCAUUGAAGACAAAUAUAGUGACGAGUUGGAAACAGUGAAAGAUGUAACAAAGAAAGGGUACAAGAUUACAGCCGAUGACUGGGAAAAUAGGUGUGUAGACACAUUUGACACAUUGGAUGCUCUUAUUCAAAUGAUGGCAAAUAAGGAGACUGGCCAAGCUUCUACUCCGAUUGAUGAGGAUUCAGUAAAUGAAAAAGUGAACAGGAUCAUCACGGUAAUGGAGGAGAAUCUGAAGAGCAUGAAGGAUCGAAUGUCAUUACUGGAAGAAGAAAACAUACAUCUUAGAGCUCGUGUGUCAGAGUUGGAAGGAAACAGCAAUGUUUUUCCCACUAACGUGACACAAAAGCGAUCCAGUGGGACACCUUUAUCUCCAAUGUCUCACACGCAACCAUCCAGUGGGACACCUUUAUCUCCAAUGUCUCACACGCAACCAUCGAGUGAGACACCUUUAUCUCCAAUGUCUCAACAGCCUAAUUUGACACAUGAGGUAUGUAACCAAUAAAUAUUGUUGAGUUUUGAAGUAAUAUUUGGAAAGCUUUUGUACUUCUUGAAUGCAUUCCUGAUUUUUGCAGGAGACAAUGAUUGAAUCAGCUGCAUCUCCAAAGUCUCAACAAAAUGAGGUAUAUGCUCAAAAAUUUUUAAGAAAAUAUUUGGAAAUUCUUGUACAAAAUCCUGAAUGCCUUCCUGAUUUUUGCAGGAUUACACGCAAUCAUCGAGUGAGACGCCUUUAUCUCCAAUGUCUCAACAGCCUAAUUUGACAAAUGAGGUAUGUAACCAAUAAAAUAUUGUUGAGUUUUGAAGUAAUAUUUGGAAGCUUUUGUACAUAUUCUAGAAUGCAUUCUUGAUUUUUGCAGGACACAAUGAAUGAAUCAGAUGAUGAAACUCCUGCCCUUGAUACUCAAGUAUUCUCUCCUAAUCUGACAAAAGAGGUAUAUGCUCAAUGAUAUUGUUUUCACAGUUGGAGUUUACAAAUUAGUUUUGGGUGAUUUUUUUUUACAUAUAAAGGCUUUUCUGAUUUUUGACAGAAAGAAACAGAAACGUCUACCGGUGAGAGGCCAUCCAAUCCUAAUCAAGAUGGAAAACCAGAUGAUGAGGUAAUAUUUAUUCUAGAAAUUAUAGUUGAAUGUAUUCAUGAUGGCCAUUCCUGAUAUUUUUUUGCAGAUUGUGAGAGAGAAAUUAACAAGUGAGUCACCUGCUAGUCAGAGUCAAGUUUUGCAGAAAGAAACAGUAGAAAUGAAUGAGACACCUUCUUCUCCAAUAGCUCCAAAGAGUAUUGAAACUCCCGUUUAUACUCCAAGUCAGACUCAGCAGGUACAUGGUCAAAAAAAAUCUUGGAUUUUUAAGUUAAUGUUUGGAAGCUUUAGAACGUACUCUGGAUUGACUUCGUGAUAAUUUUUACAGAUUGAGAGAGAGCCAUCGGAUGACACGCCUGCCCUUGAUACUCAAGUUUUUACUCCUAAUCUGACAAAAGAGGUAUAUGCUCAAUGACAGUUGGAGUUUACAAUUAGUUUUGGGUGAUUUACAUAUAUAGACCUUUCUAAUUUUUGGCAGAGGGAAACACAAACCUCUACUGAUGAAACGCCACCCAAAACUAAUCAAGGAGAAGGAAAACCAGAUGAUGAGGUAAUAUUUACUCUAGAAAUUAUAAUUGAAUGUAUUCAUGAUGGCCUUUCCUGAUAUUUUUUGCAGAUUGUGAUUGAGUCACCUGCUGCUCAGACUCAAGUUUUGCAAAAAGAAACACUGGAAAUGAAUGAGACACCUUCUUCUCCAAUAUCUCCAAAGAGUAUUGAGGCUCAAGUUUUUACUCCAAUUCAGAAACAGCAGGUAAAUGUUCAAAAAAUCUUGGAGAUUUCAAGUAAUGUUUGAAAGCUUUUGUACGUGUUUUUGAUCCCCUACCUGACUUUUUUUUGUUUUUUUUGCAGACGGUAACAGAGGAAACGUAUGAGGCUACACAGCCAUUGACUGAGAUCAUUUCAGCAAACAAUAAAAAGGUAAGCAUAGAAAUGUCUUUCAUAAGUACAACUUGAAUUUUAAAUUGUAGAAACUUCUUCAUAACUACCUCUUUUAUUUUACUGUUAUUACAGGAGGAUACACAUGCUGUGCAUUACAGACCUUCCUCUCCAUUGUCUUCACUAAUUGCACUAGUUAUUGAA